UUCAUUGGAGGUUGAGGAGGCGCGUGUGUUGUGUUGAGUUAAGUUGUUGCCUAACAACACCAACGCUUGCCGGCGUCUGUCUGCACUCGCCAUCCUCCCCAUUUCUAAACAAAUUCUUUAUUCGUUUCUACGCCCAGAGACCGGCAUACGGCACUCGUGCUUAUUGAUAAACGCUUCAUCGAUAAAAGCUUAUCAAAUAGAGCUUAAUCUGAUAUCUGCUUCUUUCCAGACCAGAACAACUGCUGAUUCUGAAUAUGGAUGUGAACAUCAGCAACUUUAUGGAGGAGAAAAGGGUGAGGACAGAAGAAGCACCUUACAUGGAAAUGAAGACAAGUUCUGAUAAGAGGAACCUAGAGAAGGAAAACCACAAAUCUGCUUACAAAACACAAGCCAAACAGUUAAAAGAAGAGGGCUUUGGCCUCAGUUUGCCUCUGGGAGAAGAAUAUGAACGAAAGAAGCAAAGACUAAAGCAAGAGCUGCGGCUAGAUUACCGGCGUUUCAUGUCUGAGAAAAAAAAUCUGAAUAUUGCCGAUCCACUUCCACCGUCUCACUUGCUGUCUCUCCCUAUAAGAGAACGGAGAUCAGCAAAGGCCCUGGAGAGAGAUAAUUUUGGCUCUGUCACCACAAAAUAUCCUUCUGGUUUUCCAGAGGUACAAGCUCAAGGGAACAGCCUGAGCCCAAAGAAUGUGGCAUCUGUAAGGAGGGAUGCCGCCUCUCUAAAGGGGCCCAUUUCAAAGGUGCAUAAGGUAUCAAGGCCACGGAGACUCUUGGCAGAGUCACCAGAUCGCUGGGGAGGUCCGCAGGGAUACUACAUAGAUCACACCAGCUCUGAGGAGGAGCAAGAGGGGAUAGAACUCCUGGAGAAGGAGAGGCUGAGAAACAUACAGGAAGAAAGAGACACACAUGCCAAGAGAGAAGGAAAACUUGAUAAAAGAACACACAGUCUACAGGCACCAACCCCAGCACAGAGCAGAUCUGUCAACAAACAGAACAUGCCAGAGUUUGCAACAGGACUUGUGAUUGGUGCUGCUGAAGAGGAUGAGGCCUCUCGGAGGAGGAAGAAGCUUUAUAGAGAGGAGCUGCUGCAGCAAAUAGCUGAAAAACAGAAGAACAAAAGGAAAGAGAAGGAGUUAGAGUUGAGAGUGGCGGCAACAGGCGCUGUGGAUCCAGAAAAACAGCCAGACCGAAUCAAACAGUUCGGUGACUUGACCCAGGAAUAUUGGGGCAAAAGACGAAAUGUUCCUUACAGACCUGGACUGGCUCUCAAUGUCUUGCAGGCGGACUCUGCCAGGAGGCCCAAAGAUGAAAGACCUCUACAAGCAUCGGAAGAGAGGGUGCCCCCCGAGAGGCCACGAGUCGCCUUUCAACCCCAGUCUCUGAACAAAAGCACUGCCUCAGGCCCUGGCUUUGAGGUUAGAGCUGGGCUGGGGGUUAAUGGUAUUGCCCCAAUUACUGAUGACUAUGACCGAAGCCUCUCAAGUGCCCUAGGGGAGAUGGUUGCCCCAAGAAUUACAGGUGUACAUCCUCCGUUUGGUCCCUCCCUCACCGACUCUUAUCAAACUCCUUAUGAUAAUGCAUAUUACUACUAUGGAGCCCGAAAUCCUCUGGACCCUAAUCUGGCCCACUAUGGACCACCAGUGCAGUCACACAUCUCUCACAUCUCUCCAGGAGUGCAGUGGCCCAUCCUGCAACCUCCCUCAGGAGGCCCCACACAAAUUAGCAGUCAGGCUGGCAUUAAUCUUCCAGGACCAGCAUUCAUUAUACCAGAGAGGCUAAAGAAAACCCAGGGAAGUGCUCUUAGCUACCAGGAAGCCCUUAAGCAGCAGAUUCGGGAGCGACAGGAGAGACGUUAUCAAGAGAAGGUGGAGAAAGAGCAGUAUGAUGCUAAGAUUGAGGCUGAGAUGAAGGCCUAUGACCCCUGGGGAAGAGCUGGAGGAGGAGCACCUCUAAGGGAUGAUCAAGGAAACCUCAUCAGUGAUUUGAAACGAAUGCAUAAAACAAAUUUGGAAGCCUAUGAUUCUGGAGGUAGAAGAGUCAAUAAUGCAGCCACUUCAAGGCCAGAGCCUGCAGGUUUCACUUCUACUCAGCCAUCUAUGCAUGCCCGGGGAAAUCUUUUCAGUGAACUGCCCACUCCACAGCAUCUACAUGAGCAGGAAAUAUACAAGGACUAUUUGAAACAGCAGAUUGAGGAAAAGAGGAGAAAGGAAGCAGAAGAGAGGGAGCGGCAAAGACUCGAGGAGGAGAAGGAGGAGAGAAGACUAGCCGAACAGCGAGCUCGGAUCCAGAGGGAGUAUGAGGAAGAUCAGGAGAAGAAACGGCAGAAGGAGAAGGAGAAAAAUGCCAAAAAUGAGGAGCUGAUAAGACAAGCUGAAGAGCGCAGAAAAGAAGAUAAGAAAAAGAGAAAAGAAGCAGAGGAGAGAGAGAACGAGACCCUAAGAAAGAGACUUGAGAGAGAGAAUCAGACACAUCUGGAAGAGGUUCACAGGGCACUGUCACCACCCCUACCAGCCUUGCAGAGAAAACUACGUCAGCAGACGCCCAGACCUCCGUCAGCAGAGAGCCACCGCUCUGCUGCAAUUCUGUCUGUGCGUUCUAUGUCAGCGCCACAUUCACCCCCAGUGCCUGCCCGCAGGAAUGAGAUCAGAGCGACAGACGAGAAGCAGACUGUGAUCAGGGAGUUGUCUGCUUUGCGUAGACAGCUGCGGAGUGAACAGAGACGUCUGGAGGGGAAGUUAAUUCUGUCCAACCAACAUGACAGUCCCUCUCCCGCUCCUGCCAGCAACCCACAAAGAGAGCACCCCCCGGAUGAAGUUUUUGAAAUGGCAAGACGGCGCAAACAGUUCCCCAUCAGGAGGCCGGCUUCCCACACCAUUGCAGAAGUAAACAUGCAGAAUCUUCGGGAGUUUAACCUUCUGAAGUACAGAGAUGGUACAUCUCAUGAGGAGAUGCGGCAGGCAUUUCCUCACCCCCCCGGUGAUGAUCACAGUCUAGACAUCCAGCAGCAGGCUUUGCUACGACAACAGCAAAGGACCAUCAACAGCCUGAAAGCCAGGACAACUGAUAACAUUGACCUGGUGUCUUCAGGCCAACAGCAUCCUGAGAUGUGGGGGAAUUCUGCAGAGGAUCCAGGCAGACGCUUACUGUUAGACUCAGAGAGUGCCUUUAUUGAUUCCAGUGCAGAUUCAUUCCUUUUACGAUCCCAGCAUAACCAGAGGGCAAGACCAGGCUCUGCCAGAGUUAGACCAACAACCAGGAAGGCGUAUAUUUUUGAUGAUGUGAUUACCAGGUACAACCAACCUGACAGUGAAUUGGACAACCAGUCCCUGAACUCAAUCACCAGCUCAGAAAUUGAAAGGCUGAGGGAACGCACAAGAAACAAGAUGACAUUGUUGAAUAACGUUAGAGAACAAGACUGGAGAUCAGGGGAUGCUUCAGGUGAAGAAGGGGAGGAGCUAUGGUCACAAACUCCUCCUUUUGAUCAACGCGUUUCCAUUGAUACCAAUGCCACAGAGCCCUGGUUACGUCCUAGCUCCUCAGAUACACUCAAGGGAUUCAUGGGCGGUCGCAGGCCAUCUAGCCAGAACCACACAAGCCAGGACUGGGAUGGGCCAUCUACCUACCACGGUUAAUCUCAGUGCUGUUGUCAAGACGGUUAUGAAUUUGCACACAACAGCUAUUAUAUAUUUAAAAAAGGUUAAUUUAAAGGUGCCAUACUUCAAGACAACAUUUUUUACCAUUCUUCUUUGGCUUAAAGGUGUUGUCAUAGUACCACAUUUAAAGUUUUGCUGGCAUUGAGUCCAUUCUUAGGCAAGUCUGCUUUUCCACUUGAGAAAUGACUUGAUGCUUUACAUACUGUGACUUGUGUGUGUAAAUGUAUAAACUGUUAAAAGUUAUGUCUAUUGUCAGGUGAAUGUGAUUUUGUUUUACAUUUUUAUGAUUGUUUUACUUAAUACAGAUUACAGGCUGUAAGUAUAAGAUUAUCAGCUAUAUGCAACUAAGCAUAUGACAGAAAAAAUUAU